GUGUCUGCACCCAGUUGACCCAAGAAGGCCGAAUAUCUCGAUAUCUGUAUGCCAGUCGAUCGUCGCCACAGGAAACGACCAGUGUAUUCAGAAUAAUGCUUUCCAGACCAGCGAAAACAGAAAGAUUGCCGACCAAGGCCGGAAGCAAUCCCAUGGCCUGCCUACUGGAGGCUACGAAAGUUCAGCGCCCUCGGGUCGCUGAUGCCAGAGAACAGCAGGGACUAUCCCGCUUUUUUUCUGGAUUGGCUGUAUCAAGAGGAGAAAGAUGAAUGCCGGGGUCGCAGCCACCGCAAGCGAUCGUUCGCAAGUGCCUCCCGGACACCGAGCACAGGCUGUUGCGAUGUGCAUGGAUGGUAUCGCCGAGAUGGCCGGCGGAGCCAAAUUACAUUUGCCUCGGCUCUGAAAGCGGCCCCGCAGCCCAGCGCCGUGCGAUGUGUUGCGAUGCAGUCGAAUACAGCGCAGCCGGUGCGAUACGAGACGGCCGGACAAUCCAGACGCUGCUCUCAUGUCCGGCGCAUGCUCGGCCACAUGAUGGUCCUGUGGGCUCCCUCCCCCCAUGCUCGUCCGCGAGAAAGCCUUCGACCCUGGGCUGCUAUUGCCGUCUGCAGCCGGACAACUGGCCCAGACACGCCGGAUGUCGCCUCGCUCAUGGGGGAUAUAUGACGGCAUCGGCUCCUGGGCCGCCCUCCAUCGGCCGCCACCGAUCGCCUCCUCUCCAUCGGCUGCCGUCCUGCUCGCUCGUCUGCGGCCCAACAGCCGUCCGCUCGUCUCGGCGCUUCUCUGCUCCUUGCGCUCUCUGGUCGGGGCUCUGCGCCGCUUGUCUGCUCCGGGGCUGGCCUGCCCUGAAUAGAAACCCCGUCGGAAGCCGCUUGGUUAUGGCGGGAAUCUGCUUUGGCGCCUGUAUCCCCCCUCGCCGCCCAUCCACUGCCUCCACAACCGGACUCAUUCGCCAACACAAGCCCGAGGCUGUCUCUGCUGUAACGGCCUCAUAAACGACGCCCAGGCCUCUGCCACCAUCGCCCAGUUUCUCACCAGCUGUGGCCCACCCCUCGAGCCCUGCCACCGCCUGUGUCUGCCUCCGGCUCCAUCGGCUGCUUCCUCGCUCGACC